AUCAUGGUUAAGACUAAAGGAUUAGGUCGUGCGUUAGGUAGGGUUGUUGCCAGAGGUCUGGGGAGAGGAGAGGAUGGUGAUGAUACUGAUGAUGCUCCCCAACAUCGAAGGCCGACCGCAUCGGCACACAGGCGAUGGGUACUAGUCAUUAUUGACGAUGUUGUGCAUGUGGUGCCUGUGGACUCGCCUGCGGUACCAGAGGCAAAGGUUGUUGUAGCUGGGGAUGAGCCCAUGGUAGAUGCUGCCACACCGAACACUGGUGCAGAGACUGACUCACAGGAUAUUGGGGAUGAGCCUGAGGGAUUUCCUGGUGGACCCAGGGACUUAUCAGUGCUUACCGAGUAUGCUGACCAUGUUGCGGCCAGUGUAUGGUCUGGACAGGAACGUCCUGAGUUGAAGUUAUCCUCCCAUGGGUGGAAGGUGCAUCACUUAGGCAGGCUUGUUUCUGCAAUUGAGGACAUGGUUGCUGGGACAGGAUUAAGUCCUUUGAUCGCGUGUUAUAUUGACACUGGUGAUCGGGGACUUAUAUCCUCCUUUGUCGAGAGGUGGCACUGGGAGACUUCUAGUUUCCACCUUCCUGUGGGGGAGAUCUCGAUCAUGUUGGAUGACAUUGCGGCUCUUCUUCAUCUGCCGAUCGUUGGUGCACUGCAUGACUUCCAGCCUCUGUGCACCGACGAGGCGGUGCUGCUCUUGGUUGAGUUACUUAUGGUCUCACCAGAGGUGGCCAUGGUCGAGACAGGACAAUGUGGCGGACCAUAUGUACGCCUACAGUGGCUGCGAGACAUAUAUCAAGGCAGAUGUCAGAAGCAACACUGGACAGCUGCCACUCGCGCUUAUCUUCUGCAUCUUUUGGGUUGCACUCUCUUUUCUAAUAAGAGUGCAACCCAUGUUUAUGUCAUACACAUACAGGUCCUGCGUGACCUCACUCUUGCUGGGCGGUAUGCUUGGGGAGCUGCAGGGCUCGUCCAUAUGUACGAUCAACUUAAUGAUGCCAGUCUCAGCACUAGCCGAUAGCUUGCUGGUUACAUCACCUUGUUAUAGUGUUGGUUAUACGAGCACUUUCUUCCAGUUGCGGAAUGCAAUGUUGGUCUGGACUACGACGAGGUGUCACCACGUGCGUGUCGGUGGAUUGUGACAAAGAAGACUGUGAAGAAGGUGUCUACAGCGAUGUACAGGCAACACCUGGAUCGUUUGCGGAUCCCAGAUGUCUGCUAGAUGCGAUAUUCAGAGCACCGACCUGUGCAGGACUUUCAUCCGAUUUCGUGCUUCUCGGGAUAGGUCCGCUGAGGGCUUGUUGUUGUCAGAUACAGAUUGGAGAGGGUUAUGCGCCAGUUCGGCUACGUCCAAUGCAUUCCUGCACACCCUGUCCAUCCAUGGGUAUCAUAUGAUGACGUAGAUGAUACGUGGACACACUACUCAGACCAUCUGGCGGCAGCAUGUGAUCCAUGUGUUAUGCCAGGUCAGUGUGCGCCAGACUACAUUGACUGGUUCUUCCGUAUUUCUCAUCCAUUCAUGAUCGCGGCACAACCAUCAGAUCCUUCAGCAGAUGCACCUCAGGUCCCAUAGUCAGAUAUCCCUCAGAUCCUGGAUGAUUCAGCCAGGUCUGAUGUCGACGAGCCCAGACAUGCAAUGGAGGCUUGCGAUGCCAUCGCCGAGAGGUUGGAGCGUCACCUCAGCCUCAGGGUAGUCACACCAGGCACAUUGACACAUGGGGUCAUCAAAGAAUGCCUCAAGAUUGCCAGGAGUGUCACCCAAGACCGCAUUGUGUACGUGAGGUCUCGACGUAGGCGCUGCAUGGAUCAGCCGUAGUUUCUUUACGCAUUUCAUAUUGAUAUUCGAUGUAUAUACAUUUCUUGUACUUGACCACAUUUUUGUUUUUUACUUAACAUUCUGCAUAUUUAAAAUUAUUUUUGUUUAUAA